GACGUUCACAUUUCACGGAUCCCCUAUGGAGCAAGAACACUUACUGUUGGCCGUUCUAUCUGUCCUCGUUCUUCCUAUGAUAUUAAUCUUAUUCACUGUUAUAGUACUCGCUUCUCUUGGUAAGUCCCUGGGCGUCAGGAAGAGAUAUGUGAAGCUACUACUGAAAAUAUUUCAGUUUGGUAAAGUUAAAAUUGAACUUCAUGAAAAAAAACAGCAAGCUGAUGAAGAAGACUCAGACCUAGAGGACACUGUCAGGUUAUGUGAAGACAAAGCAUCUCAUCUGAUUGAAAGAGACAUUGCUCUCUCAGCAACGGCAGGUAUAAAGAUCCCAGAUGUGGAGACAAUAUCAGAGAGUCUGAAACAUGAGUUCCAUCUCACUGACAUUAUGUACUUCACAAAAUGUGGAGUUGAAGCCAUCAUCGAGGAUGAUGUUACAAGCCGGUUUACAGCUGAAGAGCUUCAAUCAUGGAACCUUUUAACUCGAAACAAUGAUGGGUAUCACUUUAUAAGUGUGCGGUUAACUAUUCUCUAUUUCGUCGGCUUAAUUAUCAGAUAUUGUAUGUUAUUCCCAUUCAGACUUGUCCUUGCAGUCAUUGGAACAUGCUGGUUAAUAUUAACAACAGCUAUAAUUGGAUAUCUUCCAAACAGCUUAUUCAAAAAACUUCUCAACCAAUAUGUCAGUCUAAUGAGUCAUCGGAUUUUAAGCCGAGCCUUUUCCGCAACAAUCGUAUAUCACAACAGAGAAAACCGUGCCAAAAAUGGUAUCUGUGUAGCAAACCACACUUCUCCAAUUGAUGUAAUUAUCCUUUCUUGUGAUAAUUGCUAUUCUAUGGUCGGUCAAGCCCAGGGUGGCUUCAUGGGGAUCAUGCAAAGAGCCAUGGCCAGAGCUAAUGCACACAUUUGGUUUGAACGUUCUGAAAGUAAAGACCGAGAGGCAGUAGCACGAAGAUUAAAAGAACAUGUUGACGAUGAAAAUAAAUUGCCAAUAUUGAUAUUUCCUGAAGGUACCUGUAUAAACAACACUUCAGUGAUGAUGUUCAAAAAAGGUAGUUUUGAAGUUGGAAGAACAAUUUAUCCUGUAGCUAUUAAAUAUGAUUCAAGAUUCGGAGAUGCAUUCUGGAACAGCAGCAAAGCCAAUUUACUCAGACAUUUGAGUGACAUCAUGUCUAGCUGGGCCUUGGUCUGUGAUGUUUGGUACCUACCAUCAAUGACAAAAAUGGACGGCGAAGAUGCCGUGUCAUUCGCUAACAGAGUAAAAGCUGAAAUUGCUAGAAAAGGAGGAUUAGUGGACUUGGAAUGGGAUGGUCAGUUGAAACGGACACAGGCAAAAGAAUCUUUAAGAAGAAAGCCACAGGAACAGUACAGCAAAACUAUCAAAAUAGACUGAAAAAAUAUACAAAACAAAAAGACAAAAAUAAGCUAAAGAAAAGUAAAUCAAAAAUGAAAAGAACUCAAAACAAAAAUCCACAUAAAAAAAACAUUGAACAAAUGCAAAUAAUGAAUUUAGUUGCUAUUAAUAAUUUUUUUUAGCAAUUAGAAUGGAGUGGGGGUGGGCUUUUUUUGUUGUUCGUUUUUUUUUUAAUAUGCUAAUGAGCAAUAAAGCAGUUCUGUUUCCAUUUCUUUCAACUCCUCCUCCUCCCAGCUGACCCUUCGCUCCUCUGCUUCCUUGCGUGCCCCUCACCUCACCUCACCUCACCUCUCUCUCAGAUCUCUGUUGAAGAUUUUGGAAACAGUUCUGUUUGGGGUUGGGGUUAUUUGGGGAGGUCUUUUGAUGGGUUGGGAAUGGGUUGUGAUGAGUGUGCAGAGCUGUCGACCCUACACUGACCCUUCCAGAAACGGUCAGUGCAAAGUUGGUGAUGGGUGGGGAUUGGGAAGGGAUAAAAAAAAAAAGGUUUGAUGAUGGACAUAGACUCACUUGAUGGAUGUUGGUGGACAUAGGCAUACAACGUGAUGGAUAUUGAUGGAUAAUAGACACACACACACAUGUGGUGGGCAUUAGUGGGUGGAUGCAGAUACACCUGAGGGACAUUGGUGGACAGAGCAAUACAACAAAAAAAAAGGAAAGGGCAAACAAAAAAUACCAGCUGUGUGCUAAUGUUUCAUUUGUUUUAAUUUUUUUUUUUUUUUUACUAAAAACUGCGUGACAAUGAUGGUAAUGAUAAUGAUGCUGAUGGUCAGUGAGUAGAUGUAUCUACCCACAUAUAAUGGUGUGGGUGAGUGUGUGUAAAUGGUAAUGAUGCAUGUGUGGUAAAGAUAUUACUGUUGUAUGGAAUGGUGAUGACGAUGAAUUUGUGUGUGUAAAACUGCUGCUAAAAAUUACAAUUCACUUGAACUCUAACAAUAUGUUAGUGAAAAUGUUGACAUGUGCAGAUAUGAACAUAUAUAUAUAUUAAUUUAGUAAUUUCUAGAUGGUCAGAACAAAACAUUAUUUCUCGAUUAGUUAAUUUUGUCUCAAUCUUUACCCCUUCGCUCUCUCCUUCCCUCGAGUGUUAUUAAGUUUCUCCUUUUCAUAAUAUUUUCAUCAAUUUCUACCUCAGUUUAUGCCCCUUCCUCAACCACAGCUAGUCUCCACAUUCACAAUUACAACCACAACUAUCUGAGGCUCAAUACAUGCAUUGUAUGUGUGUGUCUGCGUGUGUGUGUAUGUAUGUGUGUGUGUGUGUGUGUGUGUGUAUGUAUAUAUAUAUAUAUAUAUAUAUAUAUAUAUAUAUAUAUAUACAUAUAUAUAUAAUUAUUUGAUGCUAUUGUUAUCUGUUUAUUCAUGCUUGCAUGGUUUUUUGGAUGUACAUAUAUAGAUAUGUGUGUAUGUGUAUAUAACGUAAAUUACAGUCAACCUUUCAUCACUGGUACCUAAGGUUUCCUAUCAGUGAAGUUGGUCUACUGAUAUUCUUUUAACUGACAAGAGAUUUGGCUGUAAGUCUGCACAAACAAAUAUUUGUUUGUCCCGGAUUACUGUCAGUCCACUGGCCAAGUGAAAAAAGAAAUCAGUAAACCAACUCCAUCGAUACAAAACUCAACCUGUUAGUGAUGAGAAGUUAUCUGUAUAUUACAAAUAAAAAAAUUUUCAUACUCUA